AUGAAGAUACUUCUAAGUUUAGUGCUAUUUUUGACAAUAUUUACAAACUAUGAAUCAAGUUGUGAAAAAGCUAGUUGUAGCUAUAGAAUGGUUCAAUCAAAAUACUACAGCUGCUUUUUAGAAGUCAUACCUUCUAGCGAUGAAUCUUACAGCAAUUCAAUGUUGCAAAAAUACACUGAGCUAUCUGGAGAUCAUAAUGGAGGUUCUGAUGAUUCUGUAGAACUUUUAGUAGACAACGAAGUUAAUUCCUACAUUUUUCCAACAAUUGUAUGUGAAAAGUUCAAAAAUUUGAAAUACUUUUAUCUUCAUUAUUCACCAAUUACGAGAUUAACGGGAACUUGUUUAGAUAAGUGUGAAAAUUUAGAAAUGAUUAACAUUUUGGGAACUGAUAUCAGACGAAUUGAACAUGAUUCGUUUAAAAGCUUAUCAAAAUUGAAGGAACUGACAAUAACUAGAACAAAAAUACAAAAUAUUCCGGAGAGCUUGCUUGUCAAUAAUUUAAAUUUGACAGAGAUUCAUAUAAGUGGCAAUAAAUUGACUUAUUUAAAAGAAAAUGUUUUCAAGAAUCAAAUAAAUCUGAAAGUUCUGAGUCUACCCAACAACAAGAUUGAAGGAUUUCCAAAAUUAUUUUUCAAUUCACUGAUAAAUCUAGAAAGUUUGAACUUGAUGGAUAACAAAAUUGCGAACUUAUCGUCAAUAUGGUUUGAAACUUUAGUAAACUUAAAGCAGCUUCAUUUGAGUGGAAAUUUGAUUGUAGACUUGCCAAAAAGUAUGUUUUCAAAGCAACUGAAAUUGGAAAAGCUUGACUUAUCAAACAAUUUAAUCAAAUUCAUUCAUGAUGACUCUUUGGGAACUUUACCAAAUGCUAUCAACUUACAGAGAAACAAAAUCAAAGGAAUUGAUGAAAUGUUCAUUUUAAAUCUAAUGAAUGCAAACAAAACUGUCGCAAUGGCUUCCAAUCCAUGCACAAAAGAUAGUGAAAAUUUGUCAGAAAAGGAAAUUGAUUACGAUAUAUCGCCAAGUCAGCUAGAUGCAGAGUUCUGGAAUGAAAUUGACGAAUGCUUGGAUUCUUAUGUUCCACGAAAUGAAAACUUUUGUGAAUUUUAG